AUGGAGUCAUGGCAGCAAUCCCUGCAAACUUCACCCAUGAUUUUCUUUCUUCUUCCUCUCUUGGGUCUCAUAGUAAUUUUCUUACUGAAAUCUUCACGGAAACUGCCCUACCCACCAGGCCCAAAGGGCUAUCCAAUCAUCGGCAACAUGACCAUGAUGAACCAGCUGACUCACCAUGGAUUAACCGAGUUGGGGAAAAAGUACGGCGGCCUAGUCCACCUCCGUAUGGGUCGGCUUCACAUCGUGGGAGUUUCGACGCCGGAGAUGGUUAGAGAGGUGUUGCAGGUUCAAGACAUUGUCUUCUGUAACCGCCCAGCAAACGUUGCAAUAAACUACUUGUCAUAUGAUCGAGCCGAUAUGGCCUUCGCCAACUACGGUCCGUUUUGGCGGCAAAUGCGCAAGAUCUGCGUCAUGAAAUUGUUCAGUAGGAAACGAGCUGAGUCCUGGGCGUCGGUCCGAGAGGAAGUCGACUCAAUUGUUCGAGCGUUGGAGAAGAAAACCGGUUCGCCGGUUAAUCUUGGAGAAAUGGUUUUUGCUUUAACGAGGAGUAUAACGUAUAGAGCAGCUUUUGGGUCGUUUUCAAAUGAAGGACAAGAUGAAUUCAUGAAGAUCUUGCAGGAAUUUUCGAAGCUUUUUGGGGCUUUCAACAUUGCUGAUUUUGUUCCUUGGUUGGGUUGGAUUCAUUCACAGGAGUUUAAUAAGAGGCUUGUUAGAGCUCGAGGCUCGCUUGAUGGGUUCAUUGAUAAAAUCAUUGAUGAACACGUGGAGAAGAAGAAGAAGAUAGAUGAUGAAGGUGAUGCAGACACAGAUAUGGUGGAUGAGUUAAUGGCGUUUUACAGUGAAGAUGCUUCAAAAGAAGAUUUUGAUGAAUCCCAAUCCGUCAUUAAACUCACUAGAGAUCACAUCAAAGCCAUCAUCAUGGACGUAAUGUUUGGUGGAACUGAAACGGUGGCGUCUGCAAUAGAAUGGGCGCUAGCGGAGCUGAUGAAGAGCCCAGAGGAUCUCAAGAGAGUCCAGCAGGAACUCGCCGACGUCGUUGGCCUGAACCGGGUCGUCCAGGAAUCCGAUUUCGAGAAGCUAACUUUCCUCAAGUGCGUCAUCAAGGAAACCCUGAGGCUCCACCCACCAAUCCCUCUCUUCCUCCACGAGACUGCUCAGGACACUGUGGUUUCCGGGUACAGGAUUCCAUCCGGAUCACGAGUCAUGAUCAAUGCGUGGGCUGUCGGGCGAGACAGGUCGUCGUGGGUUGACCCGGAUGAUUUCAGGCCGACCCGAUUCUUGGAGGAAGGUGCACCGGAUUUCAAAGGGACAAAUUUUGAGUUCAUACCGUUCGGGUCCGGUCGUAGGUCGUGCCCGGGAAUGCAACUCGGGUUGUACGCGGUGGAUUUGACGGUGGCCCAUCUGCUUCACUGCUUCAACUGGGAGUUGCCUGAUGGAAUGGAACCGAGUGAGUUGAACAUGGAUGAUGUUUUUGGACUCACUGCGCCUCGAGCGGUUCGACUCGUCGCAGUGCCGAGUUAUCGACUGAGUUGUCCGUUAAUAUAG